UUUGAUACCGCAAUUAGGGUUUUUUUGCGUCGAAAUUUGGAUGGUUUUUGCUGCUUGAGGGGGCGUGGUUUCCAGUGUAGAAUCGAGAUGUUUGAUUUUUUUUUCUUUUUUUUAAAUUUGAUGCUCAAUGACUCAAGAACUGUUAAAGGCGGUUGUAUGUAUAUGAAUUUGCAAGGACUGUUACCUAGGUGAUCAAUUUUGCUAACAAAGGAUAAGAAAGAUUGCAAAUUGGGUUGUGAUGUGUGGUAUUUAUGGGUUUCGGUUAUAGGAGCCUCACUGCCAUGGUUGUGGGACUGUAUUAUUUGAAUUUGAUCUCGGGGCACUCGAGGCUCUGUGUUUUUUUGAUUGGAGGGUGACAGGUGUUGAAUUAUGGGUGCUUUUAUCUUCAGUUGAGAAGUUAUGUCAAGAAAUUUCGUACUUUGUCAUGUGAAUGUGUGAUACCAGUGUACUUAUCUUGUAGCCAUCUCUUUCUUUACUUAUCCUUUUGGGCUCACAAUGGGAAGUACUGCUGGCAACAAAACUUCUCUCAUCGAUGGGGCUGAACGUUCGGAAACAACAAUUGAAAUAAAAAUAAAAACAUUGGAUUCUCAAACCUAUACUCUGAGAGUGGAUAAACAGAUGACAGUUCCUGCUUUGAAGGAGAGGAUUGCUUCUGUUACUGGUGUUUUAUCAGAACAACAACGUUUAAUUUUCCAUGGAAGAGUUUUAAAGGAUGAUCAACUCCUCUCCGCCUAUCACGUUGAAGAUGGUCACACCUUGCAUAUGGUGGUCAGGCAACCUGUCCCACCAACAUCUGACGGUUUACCAAGUAAUCCAGCAAUGGAUUCUGCCUCAGAUUCAGUUCAUGGUCAUGGUAGUCACAUUGGCCAGAGUGUUGUAAUCGAAACUUUCAAUGUCCCUGAUCAUGGGGAUGGAGUUCCUCCAGAAAUUAGUCAGAUUCUAUCUGCCGUUCUUGGUUCUUUUGGAUUUUCAAAUGCUAGAAGUCACAGUGAAGGGGUUGACCCCAGGGAUCUUGACCCACGAACAGGAAGUGCGAGUCUAGCGGCAGAUGCAUCUCAGUUACAGCCUGAACAAGCUAGCAUGAGGGGUCAGACUGGCAGAUUACAUACAGCUUUUGGACUUCCAACUGCAGCAUCCUUGGGGCCUCUUUUUCCUCGUGUGAUUACUGAUUCUUUGACAACUUUGUCCCUAUAUGCAAGCAAUUUGAGGCGUGAAUUUGAUGCAAUUGGCGGAGGCGGGGGCGACAAUGCUGAAUCAGCUGCCUUUCAUAGGACGGUGGAAAGAGAUUCUAGUUCCACAGCACAUCCUGGGAGACUACAAGUAGGGCUUCCAACACCUGCAUCCCUGGCAGAAGUGAUGCUGUCAACGAGACAGUUGCUCUCUGAGCAAGUUGGAGAAUGCUUCUUGCAACUUGAAAGCCAACUUGAGGAUCAAGAAAACGUGAUAGAUCCCUCAGCACGGAUGAGUGCUCAGUCCAGUGCAUGGAGAAUGGGAGUCCUGUUGCAUAAUUUAGGAGCAUUUAUAUUGGAACUCGGACGUACGACCAUGUCGCUGCGAUUAGGCCAAGCACCAUCUGAAGCUGUAGUCAAUGCUGGUCCUGCAGUCUUCAUAUCCCCAUAUGGUCCAAAUCCUCUAAUGGUUCAGCCUCUGCCUUUUCAAGGAACAAGCUUUAGCGGCAUCCCCAUGGGAUCUGUGCAGCCUGGCUCUGAUUUAGCUAAUGGGAUCAGCACUGGGUUUCUUCCAAGGCGUAUUGAUAUUCAAAUACGAAGAGGUUCAUCCGCAGAUGAUGCAUCUAGUGUUAAUCGAGAGGGUGGUAAUAAUCAGCAGCAACCAGGGCAGAGAAACCCAGCAACAGGUUCUGGCAGCGAAACUGUUGGUAAUCAAACAUCUUCGAGGGUCUCAGAAAGUCUAUCUCUUGCUGGAGAGCCAGGUGUAAGGAUGGUGCCAAUUAGGACUGUGGUUGCUGCAGUUCCUGGUUCCUUCAGUCGCCUGCCUCCCGGAUCGUCUGAAAAUUCUAUAGGUUUAUUACAUCUUCUCCUUGGAAGAUUCCAAAAUGUAUCUUCCGGACUCCAGACUGGGCAGCAGACAAAUCCUGAAUCUGUUUUGCAGCAACCAAACAAUGAGGAUCAGUCCAGAGGUGACUCCUUAUCAACUCCCGCUCCAAGACAGCCGGAGUCAUCAGAUCCCCGCAAUGUAAGCAUCAACAUUCUCUCAGCUGGUGGGACCCUAAACAGCCAAGAACAUGAAGGGCAGAUCCCCAACAGUGUUUUUCAGCUUUUAAGGAACCUCUUUCCUGGUGGUGAGAUACAUGUAGAAGAUGGCAGCUCUCAAGGAACAGCAACAGGUUCUGUUUCUGGGCAUGCCGGCAGAUCGAAUACUCCUGCGGAUGCAGAACCUGGAGCAACUGAUGAAGGAAUAUUUUUGUCUAAUUUGCUUCAUGAGAUCAUUCCCUUCAUCUCUCAACAUGCAGACCCUGUGUCAACCAUUAUACCACAGGGAACACUUAACCCUGAACAUGUGAUGACUCAGGAUUCUUCAACCCAGGUUGAGACAUCUGAUGUUGGAAGUUCACGUCGUCAAAGUGAUACUGAGCCAAGUCCUCCAAGUUCAAAACGUCAGAAGACGGAGUAAUCUCUUUCAGGCGCAUGAGGUUUUAGGUAAUGGAGCUGAUAGUAAUGAAAGUAGUGGUAAAAGAUUUCAAGUCAAAUAAUGCAUCUCUUGUACAGUGAAGGGAAAAGUGAAGUGUUGAAGACAUGAUAUCCUGCAAGGAAAGUAUAGUUCUCUGGGUAAUUUUGUGGGAUGUAUUUUGUGAAACGUGGAGAUCGUACUUUAGGCUUGUACAGAAUGCUCCAACUGCUUAAUUCUAUCGAGAGUUCAUUUUCUGAUAGCCUAUGAAAAACAUUUGUCGCGCAGAAUUUGUGUGUUGUUGGACCUUAGGAUCUUACAUUUCGUGAUCUCCUAUCAGUUGGUAGAUUGUGUGAGUUAAUGUUAUGCCUGGUUUUUGUUUUAAAGAAGCUAGAUAUUCAUGCA